AUGAACACACGAGAGGCCAAACAGAUGAGCCGAGACAAAACAUCGUUCGAGACAUAUAAAUUGGUGGCCAUUGCCGCGGCCGGCGUAGCGGGCAUUGGUUUGGCGGUGGCAGUGACGGUGAUCAUGUGUAAGAAGUCAAUGAAGAACCGGCGCCUGGUGCAUGACGUGAGGGCUAUCAACCAGAUGAACAACAUGAAAGACCUCACGGGAGGCGCAGGGGGCAAACACAACGGCCAAGCAAGAGACUUGAACAGUCAUGGGAAGACGCGCACGAAGACCAAGAAAGUUUUCGCAAGUCAAAAGAAAAUUCCCUCACUGAACGAAUCCUCCCUGGACACAGCUCCUUUGCCCGCACUCAAGUCCAACAUGCGAGUAACUGAUCUUACCGAGUCGGACCCGACCAGUUCUCACUGCGUGUCCAAUGGGAGGUCAUUUGGUAUGGAUGGUGGACAUGCCAUAGGAAAUUACAAUGGGUUUGCAAAUGGAAGCGUAAGGAUGACUCAAAACAUGGGGAAUGGUCUCCCGAUGUCUAAUAGUCAUGUAACUCCUAACGGAAAUGUAAUGGCUAAUAGACAGGGAUUGGGUAACGGCUACUUAAAUGCUAACGGGAACAUAAUGACAAACGGCUAUGCAACGGCUAACGGUAAUCCGAUGACGGAUAACCACACCAUGGCUAAUGGGCACACCGGAACCGCCUCAUAUGGGGGAACUCAAGCUCUGGCGAACGGACACAUGGGUACAGGCCAGAGUCCUUACCCCAACAACACAACGAACACGCCUGUCUAUCCGGGGGUCUCUCAAUGGCAAAACCCUCCUACUUCAACCUCCUAUCAAAAUUCCACUCAAACGCCCUCGCAGCUGCAGCAGCAGCAGCAGCAGCAGCAGCAACAUCAGCAGCAACAUCAACAGCAACAGCAGCAGCAAAAAUUACCGUUCUCACUGCACACAACAACUGAGCUGAAUCUGGGAGACCAGGUUUCGCCCCGCGCGCGAGCACCCAACAAUCAACAGACGCCAACUCAGAAUGCAGUGCCCUUUGACCUCGGAAAUUUGAUCCAGCCGACCAGAGGGACCGCCGCGUCCUACAACCCGUCCUUCGCGCGUCCGGCACAGGCGGGGAUGAGCGGGAACUCCAUGACAAACAACCCGGUGACGUCAUCCCAGAACCAAGUGAACAACACCAGGACAUCGCCGAGUUCCUCUCCCUCUGAUGAAGUUCUUGACGUCGACGCUCUGAUGGCACUGCUUGACAAUAGCUCGUACAAUAGAUAAAAAUGAAACGCACAUUCUCAGAGAAACCCUUUUUUGAGGCAAUAUCCCCUGCUAUCUUUGGAAAACAGCCCUCCCCCCCCCCCCGCGGGCUCCACAAACAAAGCACUAUCACCCCCGCACCAGAAAAUAGAAAAGGAGUUAAGGUGAACAGUCUUUCUUGCUUUCUUGUAUGUGUGACAAAACUUUCAUAUUCUACUGACCACUAUACACCCUGACAACAGCUAUGGACAUAGUCUUGAAUUGCACAGGCUUAUCAGCUUCUUUAAAUAUAAAAAAAGUUUUUAAAAAGAUAUAACGUGUAUUAUUUUUGUUUUCGCGAUGGCUUAAUUUCUUUGCUGUGGCAAAAUUCUUGAACAAAUGAUCCUAAUGUAUUAUAGCAUUAUGCCAAGCGUACCUUGGAAUCAAUAUUAUUGAAAGUAUUUUAGAUUUGUAUUAGUUGUAUUAUUCCAGUUGGUUCAGAAAAAUAUGGAAGGUUAUUGAAAGUUCAUUUCUUAAAGACAUGUUUCACCCUUUUACUAGGCAUAAGUGAUCAUAUCUACAUUUUUUGUUUGCAAUUUAAAAAUAAUUUCAGAUUUUCAGGAAACCUAAAGUAUCCAUCCGAAAAGUUUUAAAAGCACUCUCCGCAUAAUGUUACCGCGUAUGAUGCGAUAAUGAUAUCGUAUUUCCCAGUUUGGCUGAACAGUCAAUUAACUUUGAAAUUUGCUACAGUCCCUAAGGAUGUUUUCAACGUGGUUUUGUUUUUCCAGUGUCCGUCCUGGCCAGCCCCACUUUCAAAACCUUUCAUACCAAAAUCAGUAAUUAAGUUGACGAUAUAGAAAUAGACUUCAAUGUUAUGGUUAUUGGAAUGGGUUUUUAUUGACUUCCAAAAAAAGAAGUGAUUGAAAUUGUUUAGUGCCGCUAUCAACAACAUAAACACCAUUCGAAAAACUUGCGGCUUAGACUCUGUGUUACCUGAGUUCUGUUCUAAAGAAAUUCGUGUUACUGUAUUUUGUCCAAACAGCAAACAGGAAGAUCAAUCAAAGAAAAAUAAAGAAAGGUGUAAACAGCUUUGAGAA